AAGCAGAACGGCAAGCUCGCGGAUCUCGAGACGUCCACCGUUCAGCUUCGCGCCGAGGUCGCCCAACUUGAAGAAAAUCGCAACGAUAUCUCCGCAGCGAUCCAAAAGAAGGCCAACAUGUGGAACGUGGCCGUCGAGUACUUGUGGCUCUUCCGUCCGGACGCCCAGCUCGACUUCGUGCAGAAAGCGAUGGCGGCCGAUGUUGCGUGCAACGACGGGUUUGGCCGAGCGACCGCGAUCAGGAGCUGGUGGUUCUUGCAGACCACGCUGACAAUCACAGAGCAGACGCUGCAGAAGUUGUUCCCGCACCUGAGCACUCACACGUUGGCGAGUAAACUGGUCGGCCGACGCAUCUCGAUGAAAGGCUCC